CAUACCAUCAGCACAUCAGAGAGGAUCCCUUUUGUAAUGAGGACAGCUGUUGUGAGAGAUAACGAUCCUCGAAGUGAUAUUCUAAGGGUCAACCGUGUUCGCACAUAUCUGAGCUCGUGCAAUGAGCACAGAGUGUGCUGGUUCAUCACUCUACAGUCUGGAGACAUAUCUGAUAGUUGACAAUGCUACAGAGAGUGAUGCGGGACCUACUGGUCAAUGUAACAUACCCUCACAUACAAUGAGCCUGAGACUGAACACAGUCAUGU